AUGAACAGCCUUCCUUCCUCUGGAUUUCAUUCACUUUUCUUCAUUUUUUCUUUCGCUUUUCUUUUCCUUUCUUUUUUGAUUUUAUUCUUAUCUUUUUUUUGUUAUUUCUUUUUUCCUUUAAACUUCCUAUUAUUUUUUAUUUUAAUUUUUCUCAGUUUCAACUUUCCAUUCUUUCCUUUCUCUCCACUCUUUUUCCUUUUCUCUCUCCACUCUUUUUCCUUUCUUUUCUCUCCACUCUUUUUCCUUUCUUUUCUCUCCACUCUUUUUCCUUUCUUUUCUCUCCACUCUUUUUCCUUUCCUUUCUCUCCACUCUUUUUCCUUUCCUUUCUCUCCACUCUUUUUACUUUCCUUUCUUUCCACUCUUUUUAUUUUCCUUUCUCUCCACUCUUUUUCCUUUCUUUUCUCUCCACUCUUUUUCCUUUCUUUUCUCUCCACUCUUUUUCCUUUCUUUUCUCUCCACUCUUUUUCCUUUCCUUUCUUUUCUCAUUUCUUUUUCUUUCCUUUCCUUUUUAUUUUAAACUUUUUCUUUUUUCAAUUUUAAUCCCCAGUUUCUGUCUGCAAUAUUUUUUCUCUUCUUUCCUUUCCUUUGUUUUUUUUUUCUCAUUUCCUUUUUUCCUUUCCUUUCUCUUUUCUUUUUUUUUUCUGUUUUUAUAUCUUUGUCUGCAAGUCCAUUUUUACCAAUGUCACUACACUUUCCAUUCCUUUCUUUCUCUUAUUUUCCUCUAUCUUCUCCCUCUAUUCUCUUUUUUUUUCUCUUUUCUUUAUUUUAAACUUUCUAUUACUUUCUCUUUAAUUUUAAUCCUCAGUUUUUACUUUUUACAACCCUCAAUUUCUUCAUACCAUUCUUCCUUUUUCUUCUUCAUUUCUCAUUUUUUUCCUUCAGUUUCAACACUCAAUUUCUCCCUACCAUGCUUCCUUUCUCUUUCCUUUCCUUUCAACAUAUUAAUACCAUUCUUUUGUACCUUUAAUUUCAUCCUUCUCUCUCUACCUACCACAAUUCCUUUAUCCUUUCUUUCAACCCACUCUUUUUCAGUCUUCUGUUUAUUUCUCUUUUUCUACUCCCUCUGCAUCUUUCUUUUUUAUCUUUGCUAUCAUCAACUACUACUUGAUCCAUUAUUUCACCAUUAUUUUCAUCUUUGCACCACCCAUACCAUUUACACCAUCAGUGAUUCAUAG